AAAAUCAUUGACGUUCGAUCGAAGGUAGAUGUAAAACUGAUCAGAGUUUUAGAUAAAAACAAAGAUUCACUUUUGUAGAGACUCGUUUGAUUCAGUAAAAGUUAAAGAAGUUUUUUUAAUUGAUGAAUUUAAUAGCUUUUAAUUUUGUCUACGAAGUGUUUCCUCGUUCUUCUCUGACGUCAUUGUGUAACGUAACUUUAUGAAUGAAUAGAUAAGCAAUUGAAUGGCGUAAGGUUUUUUUUAACGUAAAAUCGUUUUUUAAUGUGUGAAAUCAACGAAACGUUCACGAUAAUUUAUUGGGACGUCACAUUGUCAGUAAAAGUACUUUUAAAUUCAAAUCCAAUUUUACGCUUACUUUAUUUAAUUAUUAUUAUGUUUAGAAUUACGAUGUGGUUUAGUUAUUUAAUUGUUUUUCAAUCAGACUUUCAGACAUAUAAACAAGUAAUUUAGUUUAAAACAUACAAAAAAAAAAAAAAAGAAAAACAGCGAUGUUUUUUGGGGGGAAGUGUUUCAAGUAAAUAAUAUAGAUAGCCAAGGAUCUAUAGCUAGAUCCUUGGCUGAAAUCUAGCUAUAACUGGAUUAAAACCUACUUAUCACAUAAUUAAUUGGUACUAUUUCUGACAUUCGUCUUUUAACCUUCAGUUUUACUUGGCUUCUUUCCCUUUUCUAAUGUAUUUUUUAUGCAUUUAUUCUUUUUUUUUGCAAUCGUUUUGUCAGUUUUGUGAUAAUUUAUUCCUAUUGGAGCUGAAACCUGAGGUUCCACAACACUGCAAAUGGCCUAACAUGUAAAAAAAAUGUUAAUAUGUAAUAGACAAAUUUGACAAAGCAUGUUCUACACAGCCCAAGAAGGUUAUGUGCUACUGAAGACUAGCCGAACAUUUUACUAACUGGUAGUACUAACAUAGUAGCAUUAAAAGGAGUAUUAAUCUGCACAUUUCUGACCCAGGUAUUUGUGUAUCUAUGUACAUGUAUGUGCGUAAAGGGAACAUUGUGCUGUGGACAUAGGUAUGAAGAUGGCUGAAGUAAACAGAGAGGACGUCUCAUUUUCGUCACGUGUGAUCAGGACAGUGUUUGUUGUUCUGCUGCUCGACCUUCUUGCCUUCACACUCAUUCUUCCUCUAUUACCAUCCAUUUUGGAGCAUCAUGCUCAAACAGGGGAUGUUGUGUAUCAAUCCCUGCAGAGUCUAGUUGACUGUUUCAAAGAGACUCUUGGGAUUCCUCUGGAGAAGAAAUACAACAAUGUCAUGUUUGGAGGUUUAAUCGGGGCACUGUUUUCACUGCUACAGUUUCUGUCUUCACCCGUGACUGGAGCUCUUUCAGACCGACAUGGCCGGCGUCCUCUGCUAAUCUUAACUACGGUGGGGCUGAUGGCAUCUUAUGCAGUGUGGGCGGUCUCACAGAGCUUCAGCAUGUUCCUUCUGUUCCGGGUUAUUGGUGGCAUCUGUAAAGGCAACAUCAGCCUCUGCACUGCCAUCGUGGCUGAUCUGCCGUGUCCAAAAGCUCGGAACCGAGGAAUGGCAAUGGUGGGUGUAUCCUUUUCUCUGGGCUUCACUGUUGGGCCUCUGAUGGGGGCAUAUUUUGCCCUCACCUCCACCACCACAGGAAAUGUUUCCCACAGUAUCCCUGCUCUGCUCGCCCUCACCUUAAGCACCCUGGAUCUGCUUGUCAUCUGCAUCAUGGUGCCAGAGACACUAAAAAAGGAAGUCAAGACUACAUCAUCUAUCUUCACAGACUCUAGCAGCCUCUUGAAUCCACUCAGUCUCUUUAAUUUCUCAGCUGUGACCAAAACGGAAGCCCCUCCUCCAAAAGAUCAGAUGAAGAAGCUGCGGCUCCUGGGACUCAUUUACUUCUUUUAUCUUUUCUUCUUCUCUGGUCUGGAGUUUACUCUCAGUUUUUUGACACACCAACGUUUCCACUUCAGCAGUAUGCAACAGGGCAAGAUGUUCUUUUUCAUUGGUGUUGUCAUGGCGAUAAUCCAGGGAGGAUAUUCCCGCAGAAUCAAACCUGGGAAUCACAUCAAGGCUGUUCGUAUGGCCAUCAUUACAUUAAUUCCAGCCUUCAUCCUCAUUGGUUUGUCCUGGAAUUUAAUUAUGCUUUACAUCGGUUUGAGCCUGUACUCUUUUGCUGCCGCAGUUGUGGUUCCAUGUCUGUCCACGCUUGUUUCUGACCAUGGCUCAGCGGCACAGAAAGGGACUGUGAUGGGAAUCCUGAGGAGUUUAGGAGCAUUAGCUCGAGCUCUGGGACCAGUUUUAUCAUCCACUGUUUAUUGGUUGGCUGGAGCCGAAACCUGUUUCAUCCUCACCUCAGUUGCCUUCAUCGUACCACUCGCACUCCUUGCUGCCGUGGCCAAGAUCAAAGACGAGUGAUGAUGAUGAUCAAGGCGGUGACAUUGUGACGCUCUGACUGGCCAGUGAAUGUGAACACAACUAGCAUUUGCACAGAAUUAUUGCAGCUUCAGGCAAUGUGUGGUAUCACACUCCAUUUCAAAUACUCCAAUAUCUACUUUGUCUCAGAGACCAAUUCUGAGUGCAUGCAGUUUUUUUAUGUGUUUGUUUAGCUGUUUUUGCUACACUACCAUGCCAAUGAUGUAUUUUUUUUUACAAUGGAGGAUAUAAUAUGUUAUUUUUAGUACUGUUUCAUGAAUUUAAAAAGUGAAUUUAUGUAUGAAGUGAUAUAGAAUUAGAAUUAAAUAGUGUGGCUGGCAAUCUGAGUGUAAUUCUAGGGUCAAGGAAAUGCCCCCUCCAGUUUUCAAUGACAUCAGGGAAUUGAUAUCCAGUUAAAGAUUCUUAUUUUCUAUAAGGUUGGUCACUGGUUUGGAUCAGCAUAACCCUUGUCUCCUUAAUGUGGUUGUACAAACUAUCACUAUGCUGAAGACCACUGUAGAGGACAGCUGAAAGUAAAUAUUUCAUGUUGAUUUUAGCAUAUACCUCUGUUGGUAGCCCUAAUCCUACUGUACCAACAGAGGUAUAUGCUAAAGCAAGGUUAUACUUAUUACUUUUACAAAAAUGUAUACAUUCUUAUUUUAUAUAACGUGGAAAGUGUAAAUCAAAAUUAUUAAAAAUAUACAGGAUGUUUGUAAUUUUUUAAUAAAUUCUCCAAACUUAUAAAGUGGUUUAU